GGGCUGCAUCCGCCGCGGCGUCUCCAUGGCACGACCCUGGCCUCCGACUUCAACGACUUCAUAAGGAGACGUUUCUGGGCGCAACCGUGUCGCUCCUGGACAGUUGCUGUGCGACUUGGACAGUAGAGGAGCGCCUCCCAAGUUUUCAUCCAACUGCCACCCCCAAAGCGUCCACCCUCCUCCCCUCAGAGAGGACGUUUGAUGCCGGGCCCCUGAGAUUCUCAUUGACAAGCCCCUCUGGGUCCCCCUGAGCAGAGCCUGCUGACCCAAUUGCCCACCUUUGCGGCUUUGAUGCCUAGCCAUGUCUGCCUCAUCCUCAGGCGGCUCCCCCAGGUUUCCAUCGUGUGGGAAGAACGGAGUAACGAGUCUCACGCAGAAAAAGGUCUUGAGGACACCUUGUGGCGCACCCAGUGUGACUGUGACGAAGCGAACCAUGAAGGACCGCUCUUCAACUCCCCCCUUACAUGUUCACGUGGAUGAGAACACCCCUGUCCACGUCCACAUAAAAAAACUCCCGAAAGCGUCAGCGACCAACAGCCAGAAAUCUCAUAAGCGCGGAAUGAAAGGGGACACCGUGAAUGUGCGGCGGAGUGUCCGGGUGAAAACCAAGGUACCUUGGAUGCCCCCUGGAAAAUCAUCCGCCCGGCAUGUGGGAUGCAAGUGGGAGAAUCCACCUCACUGUCUGGAGGUCACACCACCAUCUUCAGAAAAGCUGGUCUCAGUGAUGCGGUUAAGUGACCUCUCUACAGAAGAUGACGACUCGGGUCAUUGUAAAAUGAACCGUUAUGAUAAGAAGAUCGACAGUCUAAUGAACGCGGUUGGUUGUCUCAAGUCUGAGGUCAAGAUGCAGAAGGGAGAGCGCCAGAUGGCCAAAAGAUUCCUGGAGGAACGGAAGGAGGAGCUGGAGGAGGUGGCCCAAGAGCUGGCUGAGACCGAGCACGAGAACACGGUGCUACGGCACAACAUCGAGCGCAUCAAGGAGGAGAAGGACUUUACCAUGCUUCAGAAGAAACACCUCCAGCAGGAGAAGGAGUGCCUCAUGUCCAAGCUGGUGGAGGCUGAAAUGGAUGGGGCCGCCGCCGCCAAACAAGUCAUGGCCCUGAAGGACACCAUCGGGAAGCUGAAGACGGAGAAACAAAUGACCUGCACGGACAUCAACACCCUAACGAGGCAGAAGGAACUUCUCCUGCAGAAGCUGAGCACAUUUGAGGAGACCAACCGCACCCUCCGAGAACUGCUAAGGGAACAGCACUGCAAAGAGGAUUCUGAAAGGCUGAUGGAGCAACAAGGAGCACUGUUGAAACGGCUGGCGGAGGCAGACUCCGAGAAAGCGCGCCUGCUAUUACUGCUGCAAGACAAAGACAAGGAGCUGGAAGAGCUCCUCCAGGAGAUACAAUGUGAGAAGGCUCAAGCAAAGACAGCAUCUGAGCUUUCAAAAUCCAUGGAGACCAUGCGUGGGCAUUUGCAGGCACAGCUUCGGUGCAAAGAGGCAGAGAACAGUCGCCUGUGCAUGCAGAUCAAGAACCUGGAGCGCAGCGGAAACCAGCACAAGGCGGAAGUGGAGGCCAUCAUGGAGCAGCUGAAGGAACUGAAGCAGAAGGGAGAGAGAGACAAGGAGUCCCUGAAGAGGGCCAUCCGAGCCCAGAAGGAACGAGCCGAGAAGAGCGAGGAGUACGCUGAGCAGCUGCACGUGCAGCUUGCUGACAAGGAUCUUUAUGUCGCUGAAGCUUUAUCCACUCUGGAAUCAUGGAGGAGCCGCUACAACCAAGUUGUGAAGGACAAGGGGGACCUCGAGCUGGAAAUUAUUGUCUUGAACGACCGGGUGACAGAUCUCGUAAACCAACAACAAACCUUGGAGGAGAAGAUGCGGGAAGACCGGGACAGCCUAGUGGAAAGACUACACCGGCAGACUGCCGAGUAUUCCGCAUUCAAGCUAGAGAACGAGAGGUUGAAGGCUAGCUUCGCCCCGAUGGAGGAGAAACUCAACCAGGCGCACAUCGAGGUUCAGCAGCUGAAGGCAUCAGUUAAGAACUACGAGGGAAUGAUUGACAACUAUAAGAGUCAGGUAAUGAAGACCAGACUGGAGGCUGAUGAAGUGGCUGCCCAGCUGGAGCGCUGUGACAAAGAGAACAAGAUCCUGAAAGAUGAGAUGAACAAAGAGAUUGAAGCGGCACGGAGGCAGUUCCAGUCCCAGCUGGCUGACCUGCAGCAGCUGCCCGAUAUUCUCAAGAUCACAGAGGCUAAGCUGGCAGAGUGCCAAGACCAGCUGCAGGGCUAUGAGAGGAAGAACAUUGACCUCACAGCCAUCAUAUCAGACCUGCGCAGCCGGAUCGAACAUCAGGGGGACAAGCUGGAGAUGGCGAGAGAGAAACAUCAGGCUUCCCAGAAGGAAAAUAAACAGCUGAGUCUGAAGGUGGAUGAACUGGAGAGGAAACUGGAGGCGACCAGUGCCCAGAAUAUCGAGUUCCUACAGGUGAUUGCCAAGAGGGAGGAGGCAAUCCACCAGUCCCAGCUGCGACUGGAGGAGAAAACACGGGAAUGUGGGACCCUCGCGAGGCAGUUGGAGAGUGCCAUUGAAGAUGCCAGGAGGCAGGUGGAACAAACCAAGGAGCAUGCAGCCUCCAAGGAGCGGGCAGCCCAGAACAAAAUCCUGGACCUUGAGACCCAGCUGAGCAGGACCAAGACCGAACUCAGCCAGCUGCGGAGGAGCCGGGACGAUGCUGACCGCCGCUACCAGAGCCGACUGCAAGACCUGAAAGACCGCCUGGAGCAGUCGGAGAGCACCAACCGCAGCAUGCAGAACUAUGUCCAGUUCCUCAAGUCAUCCUAUGCCAACGUGUUUGGGGAUGGUCCCUACACUUCCUACCUGACCAGCUCUCCCAUCCGCUCCCGGUCUCCCCCUGCCUAAGCCGCCACUCUCAGGCUAGGCACUCGGAUGGAUGCCGUGGGAACUGAGGCGUUGCUAAGCCGCACCUGGAAAGCUUGUUGGUUUUCCUCUCUCUUCCCGUGAUGAAAUAUGUUCAGGAUCUUGUCUUAGCUCCUAGCUCUAGAAAAGUGCCUAAAGCAGCAGGGGAUGAAGCAGAACCCACUUAGUUUUCUCCUCUCUGAUAGCAUCGCUUGAUGAAAGUUUUUAAUUACCCUGCCAGGCCUUAAAUCUACUACAAUUAGGGUCAGAUUUAAACUCACCGUAACUUUGCUCAUUCUUUUCCCAAGAGAAUGUUUGCACUGGACUUUCCCUCCAGUCCCCUUGUUUUCAGGAUUCUCUCUCUUGGGUUUUCCCAAGCCUGAACCAGCAGGAGCUGUUAGCCAGAGGCCCUCACCACUCCUCAGGUUCACUUGCUGUUUUCCUUAUUUCAUGGGUACGGUGUUUUCCCCAAGGUGCUCCCCUCCCAAGCCCAGUGGAAACCUCUUAUGGCCAAGUUUUCUUGAGGCCACUUGCCCUCAUGCACUUCCCAAUAGAUACUUGAGGGCUUAUGUUCAGUUGGCCUUGUAAAAGUACAAUGCCAAUCUCAUUGAUUUUUUUCUUUGCCAGGUUUGUAUCUGUGGAAUGCAUUUAUUCUUGAAAUAUGUGUUUUGUUUUAUGAAGUUGUUGCUUUUAUAAUCAAUAUUUAAGGCUCCAUUGGAUGAUUUCCUUUACCUACCCCAGCCCUCUUCUAAAAAUGAUUCAGUAAAAUGCUGCAGGAGAGCCAGUUGUUAAAGGACUUAGUGCAUGGACCAUUAGGCUCUUCAUUUCACUUUGGCCAGGUUGGCUCUUUCACCUUUGUGUGCUUUCACUUACAAUCCUGUGAAAGGACUGGAGGAGACACACUGGAAGGCACUGCUCAGUGUGUGUCGGCAGACUACUUUAGCUGUUAGGAAGAUGGGAUGUGUAUGCAUUACUAUUGUUUAGAUGUUAAUUGCUUUCUGAAUGAUAAGAUUAUGGGCUAUUUUUGUUCUCUUCAGAUUUUCCCACAUUUAAAAGAAAGAAGAACAAAUUCUUCAGAGAGAACAAAUUUGGUGUACUAUGCUAAACCCUGACCUUUCCAUUCUAGCUGAUGUUGGCCUGUGGGUGCUCCAGUCUAGUCCUCUUUCAGCCACUUUAACCCAAGUCCGGAACUCUAGAGAAUUCCCCCGUGUCUUCAAAAGCAAUGGGUCCCACCCAGGCAUCUGGAUUUCACCACCAGAAACCCCACCCUGACCCCCCCCCCCACCCCUUUUUGGAGACAUUUAUAGUUUCUAGCUUUUAAUGUUUUGUUUUGUUUUUUUAUUUUUACAUUUUAUUUCCAGCUUUUAAUUUUGCCAAGGAAGGUCCUUGAAUUUACUACUACCAGCUACCAUUGCCACAAAACCAACCCUGUUUUCACACCCUUAAUGUAAACGGACUUGAACUUUCAUAGAAUGUAUGAAAAUCUUCCUUAAAAAACACUAGACAGUUUGUCAAACUAAUGAAGACCUCCUCCGUGCAGGGUUCUGCUGUUUGUAAUGCUGGUGUGGGAAACACCUCUCUUCGGGUCCAUUGCUGGAAUUCUCCCAAAAAUAUUGUUUUUCAUUGUAAAAUAUUGUAUUACAAAAAGUCCAGAGAUUUUGUGAAAAAUGAAAAAUGUUUAUAUUGCUUCAAACUCGAGAGUUUUCCUUUCUGCCUCAAACUGAGGUCCAAUGAAAUGGACAAAAGGGUAAAAAGUUAAAGGCUCUUAGGUAAAGCUGGUGUCAGGCAAUGGUGAACUUUUCAUUUAUUGAGAUGUAAUUCACAUAAAAUUCACUCUUUUAAAGUGUAUAAUUCAGUGGUUUUUAGUAUAAUCAAAGUUGUACCACCACCUUUAUCUAAUUCUCCCACAUUUUCAUCACACCCAAAUGGAACCCAUACCCAUUAGCAGCGGCACUCCAUUCCCCUCCGCCAGACCCUGGUGACCACUAAUAAAGUCUCUUUGGCUUUGUCACUCUGGACAUUUCACAUAAAUCAUACGAUGUUGUGACUCGCUUCUUUCACUCAGCACGAUGUUUUCAAGGUUCGUGUUGUAGCAUGUAUUUGUACUUCAUUUUUAUGGCCCAAUAAUAUUCCAUUGUGUGGUUACACCGUAUUUUAUUGACUCCGGUUGAUGGACACUUGGGUUUCCAUCUUUUGGCUAUUAUAAGUACUGUUGCUACCAGUAUAAUACAAGUUUUUUGUGGACACAUUUCUUUUAGGUAUAUAUAUACUUAGUAAAAUUGCUGGAUCAGUAGUAACUCUAACCUUUUCUUUUUGGCGGUACCAGGCAGCAUGCAGGGGCCUUAAUUGCCUGAGCAGGGAUCAAACCCACGCCCCCUGCAGUGGUAGCGCGGGGUCUUUUUUUUUUUUUUUAAGAACUUUUAUUGAGA